AUGAUCAAACUCGGUUGGAAUAUUACAAUUAACUUGAAAAGAGCUAAUCAGAGCUAUUUGAUACUCAAUCAUGUCCACAACCUAAAUGAUCCUGAAGUGCUAAUUAUUUACAUGGAUUUCAAGCAAGUUGAUGUUAUAGAAACCUUGAAUAAAAUACAACACAAAAACAUUGUACUUAGAUACAAAUUCACAGACUGUUUAAGCAAUAAUGAACAUCAUGUUGAUUUGCCUAAAUAUCAUGCUAAUAAAACUGAAAGUUUUUAGGCGAGAAGCACUCAUAAAGACAGACUUCAUAAAAUCUUUGAUCCUUACUAAGCGUAUAUACUUAAUCAGACAAGAUUAGCAAAAGACUUAAAUCAGCUAGCAAAUGUAUUGGAAAAUCAUCCAAACUUUAUCAUAUAAGUUGAGUAUAAACAUCCAAAGGAACAAAAACUGAAUUUUACUGGGCAGAUUACUAAAGAAGAGUUUUUUAUUGUCAAUCACAAAUGUGUGAGAUUAAAUAGACAUACAACAGACCCUAUCUACUUGAAUCUUAAAAUAAUGGAAGCAUUUAAAGAAUCAUUGAUCUUCAGUUAGUAUGUAGAAAAUCCUCAGCAACUUUAUGAGAAUAUUCUAUCACUUGAACAUAAACUGCCAGUUUUUAAUCCGAAAUUUUUAUCUCAAAAAAGUUAAGCAUUUUUAACACUAGAAAAACCAAAAACUGAUGAGGAUCUAGCAUAAUUCAAACUUUUAAUUCAAUAGUUAGAAAAGCAAUAUGAACUAACAGAUUUGAAUUUAUUAUCAGAUUAAUAAAUGAUAUCUAGAAUCAUCCAGGUUCUUUUGAUAGUUGAAAUAAAACACACUUAAGAACAGUUUACUACAUUUGAUAAGACAUUAAACUAUGAAUUCUUAGUAGAAAUGUUUUCAAGUGACCCUUAUAAGAUAUGCUAGAAGGAUUUAAACUAGCCAAAAACAGAGAAUAUAAUCUAAACAAUUAGCUAAAUGGAUAUAUUGAGCUCCUAAGAUCUUUGUAAUGACAACAGUAUCUGCCAGUUUCCCUUUAUGAUGAUAAACUAGAAUGACAUUUAGAAAUAAUCAAAGUUGAAACUUAUUGACACGCAAGAUAAAUUACGUAAAAAUUCGAUAGUAUUAAUCUUAGCUUCGUCCUAAGAUCAAGAAGUUUUGAAUAAUCUUAAAAAAUGGGUUGAUUAAUUGCAAUAAAUAGAAGAUUAAGUUACCUUAGAAAUAGUAGAUAAUUUUAAUAAUCAUCUAUUGUUAGGACAACUCUCAUUAGGAUAGGAAACCUACAUCUUUAUAAAUGGUAUCUUAGUUGAUUCUUUUGGAUUGACUUAGAGAAGGUUUUAGCAAUUAAUUUCAAGUGAAAUAAAACAAGCAAAUCUGUUACUGGAUGGAAUAUAAUUGAAAAAUAAGUUUGAUAGAGUGAGAUUGAUCAACGAAAUUAAAUUGACUGAAUAUUCAAAAAGAAAUUCGUCUUUGCCAGAUGAAUUUAACUGCAUUGAAGAGUAUGAAAAGGCAGCUAAUCUGACAAUUGCACUAAAUAAGUACAAAACAGUGGAGAAUCCAAUAUUGAACUUUAAAGCUAAGUUAAAUGUAUUGACCAGAGAUUCAGUCAACUUUGUUUCACUCAUCAAUCAAAUCAAACUUGGAUUUAAAAUUGAAAUAGCAUUCUUUACACAAAGAAGUCUUGGAAUUAAAAUGAAAUAUAUUCCAUACUACUACUUUAGAAUAUUCUUUGCGAAUCAUUAAAUUUUCAACGAGAAUGUAUUUAAGAUCUAAAACUUAAGCAGUAGAUACUAGGAUUAUUCGAUAAAUCUAUUAUAGCAAAGAAAAUAAGUGUUUGUUAUUAAUGAGAUAACUCACUAUUACGAAUUAGAUGAUAUCAGAUUAGAAAACAAAAAUAGUUCUAAUAAAGUUUCAGUUUUUGGUUAAAAAGGCUAUAGUUUGGUCUUUAAUACUGAGUCAAUUAAAAAGCUUGAAAGUUAAUAGAAUGAAUAACAGAACCGAUUUUCUUAAAAUGAAAAGAACAUCACUAUGAAAGAGAAAUUUAUGCUUUUAGAUGGAGUUGGCAAAUUUAUUUAAAGCUAUUAUUCAAUAUUGCAUCAAUAUCUGUAACUUAAUCUCUAAGAGCCUGGUAGAUACUACUUGAUAAGAGAGAACACUUAAGAAUUAAUCACAUUCGAUUUCUCAUCAGUAAUAUAGAGUGAUGGAAUUCUUGAUUAACUGGAGUUUUAUUAAGAUUAUGAUUCAUAAAUAUUUAGAUUUUCAGAACUUGAUGAGUUCAAAACAAAUUUUAACUUUUAAGAUUAUCUAAAAAUAGACAAAAAAGAUACAGUUAACAUUUACUAUACUGUAUCUGGAAGUCUAUUUGAAAAAUUUGCUUUAUAUCAGAUGUAGUAAAUGCUAGAAUAGAAUACUCAGGAAUAAUACAGAUUUUUAAUAUAUGAGGGAACAUUUUGUAGUCCAAGUUUCAAAAAGUCAAUUUUUAAGCUUAAAGGAAAGUAUAGUUUUGAUCUUGAUUUUAUAAAUUAACCAUGGCCUCAUGAUAUUGCUUUCCAAGAUCCAGAUCCUAAAAGAGCUAUCAAUCUUUAUAGAUUAAUGUUCUUGGAUAAUAGCCUUCCUCAUGAUAUAGAUAGAGUCAUAUAUCGUGAUGCUGAUUAGUGCAAUCUAGAAAAUUCUGACAUGCGAGAACUAUAAAAUACUGACAUUUAAGAUUUCCCUUAAGCAAUGGUACCACAUUGUAGACAUUAUAAUAAUAAAGGGUAUGAUAUGAAUCAAGUGAUGAAAUCUUUAGGUAAAAAUCUGACUUAUUUUACCAAUAACAUCAUAUUGAUUGAUACUAAGAAACUUAGAGAAUCUCUCAAUCCAGAUAUUAUCUUGAAUUUUUAUUAGGCUGCUGUAUAAAAAUGGGGAUUUGAUCCUUUUUUGUUAUCUUAGGAUAUUUAAAGUACAGCUUAGUUGGUUGUUCCAAUAUUUCCAUUACACGAGGAUUGGGAGUGGGCUGAAAGUUUCUGUGACCCUCAUAAGAAAGUGACAGCUCGAAUUAUAGAUUUCUAAGAUAUGAAGAAAGAGGAUAAGCUUAAAAUUGCUAAAAGAGUUUGCCCUAAUUACUCAUCAAAUUUCAUUUCGCUACUUGAUUUCUUAAGCAAUUGA